AUGUGGCCUGUGCUGCCAGAUGGUGAUUUGAAUGAGGAAUAUGAUUGGCCAAUUGAGGGGUCCCUUCUCCCCAAUGCUCCACCGUUGCUGAAGCCAGCUCAAAAAAGUCACGUUGGAUACACGCCUGUGAGAAUAAAAGUUCUGAAGAACGGGGAGAGAGAUAAGUCCAGGAUAUUAACAGUUACAGGACCGGAUAUCACAAACAUGCUCAAGAAAACGUGUACCUCAAUCCUGGGAUUGCCUUUUGCAGCUCGCAGGCUGUUUGAUGAAACUGGAAAAGAGCAGACUCUCCUGAAAGAUCUCCGGAGGGAUCAGUUGGUGUAUGUUUCCUGUGGAGAGGCAUGGAUAGAUCCUAAUCUAGUCUCAGUGGAGCAGAAGAAACGCCUUCGCCUUAACAACUUGACAUGUGAUGUUGCUUUGAUUCGCAGUUAUUGUGCCAUGCGUGACCCCAAAGGUUUGGUCCUUGAGGUUGUAGGUAAUCUCAUACCUGGAGCCAAGCUGGCGUUAGCUGAAUGUGUUGUGUCCAUUGACUGUGAGGAAACCACUUGUGAAGCAGAUAAGCAAGAUCAGUUUGGCAAUGUAACAACUGACGAAGAUCAUAAUGAGGACGGGACCAUCUUCAAUUAUUUACUAAUCACUUGCCGCCUUCCAAUCAUGCAUCACGCCAGCGGGAAAUCACAUCGGUCUGAAUCCCGUUUGAAAAAGAGUGGCGUGCAGUGGUCAGACUUCACUUCACUUACGACUUUGAGUGAUGCACAUACCAGAGCCCAUCUAGCUCUCGACGCUCAGCACCCUAAGGGCCAUUAUCCAUGGGAAAGAAAUUUAAAGGCGUUCGAUGAUGAUGAAGUCUCGCAGCCAGAAGACGGGAGGUCUUUCACGAACGUUGAUUUAUACAAUAAAUACAGGCCCCGACCUAAGCUUCUCAAACCACAACAAAUACAUCAGCAGCAGUUUCAGUUCCAGAAUGGGCAUAUCAUAAACUGCAGCUGUACUUGGCUUGUGGUGGGAGUUUCUGGGAUGAACGCGCAACCGGGCACAGAAGUGACACUGGUAGAGAAGAAAGCCGAUGACAUCUUCCAACGCUGGACACUGAGAGAGGACAGCAGGACAUUCCAUUUAAUGGGUAAUCCUGAUCUGGUGCUCGCAGUCUCAAUGCCCCAAAUUAAAUUGGGUGAUGGCAAGAAUGUGAUGGAAAUUCAGGGAUGUUCAAUUAUCCUUCAGAAGUAUAAAGGGUACAGUUAUGGAGUCGCUAAUCAGAAAUGGUUCUGGAUGCCAGAGAUAAAAGUGCUGUGUGCUUUUUAUACCUCAGUAUUGGAUAAUGAAAUUACAGCAGCCAAUCAAGCCUCUGUGUGCACCUUCUGCAUCUGUAAAACAGAGGAACUAGAUCAACCUGGUUAUUCCAUCACCCAUGCCAGCACAAGGCAGAGAACCGUGGUGUGUCUGGCAUGCGCCAGGGCACUGAGGGGAUGGAAUGUUAUGACAAAACUCCACCCAGGUAACCCAUUCAUCUGUGCAACUGGCUGCGAACAGAGCCAGAUUGAAGAAACUGGGCCUUUUAAGUACAUCAGGGUUGCAAGGGUUGACCUUUCUACCUCUGAAGCUGAAAAUAGUUUGGCCUGUUGGGAAGAGAAAUUGAUUUCUUUGCGGAGGGAGACAUCAGUCCAGACUAUCUCACGGGAAAUCUCAGCUGCCAAGACCCAACUGGCAUUAAGAGUCUUGGCCUACCGAAAUGGCACUGGAUAUAAGGAUGGUCAAUUGAUCAUUGGGACAACCUUUACCUCGUUGCUUGCCACAUGUACUCAGAGACUAGGACUCGCCAGGCCAGCUUGCAGACUGUACGUUGCAGAUGGAAGCCUGAUACUGACUAUAAAUGAACUGACAGCAUGGGCAGUCAACGAGACUUUACAGGAACACAAAUCCAAAACAAAACAAGAUGCACAGGGUGAGGAUGGAAGACCUGAGGAGUCAAGUGGGGAGAUCAAAGAAGACUGGGCUAAGUUGCCAACCCCAGAGAAUGACGACUCGGAGCAGAGGUUACCCCAGGUGACCCCAGAGGACGUGAAGAGAAUGGACACGGAGCUCGUAAACCUCAUUGUCAGGAACCCCAUUGAGGUCUGGGUCUCCUGUGGAGAAUCAUUCGUGCCUUUGAGUGAAUCGAACAAAAGACUGAGACUGCAGAGAAAACAGUGGUUGCAGAAGCAAAAAGUUCUAUUUGAUCUUGAUAAAAUGAAGCACAAAAUGCGUCACCUUCAAGGGAGACGAGUGGGAUCCAUGGGGCCAGCCAGCAUGGUGCCCACCAAGAGUCCGAUUCAGCCGGUAGUGGUAGCAGGGGGAUGGACAGAGCCUUCACCAGAGGAGGUGAAACUCAUGGAAGAUGUACAAAACAUGGAGAUGCACCUAUCAGAAGUCCAAGCUGUGCUGAUGAAAGAGCGCCCUUCAAUUCACAGCAAGUUGGUCUCCAGAAAAAGGCCUCUGUACAGUCAACCAAAUGUAAAGAGGGUUCUGGCAUAUCUGAAUGGUGAUUUCCCAGACCAAGGAACCUAUGCCUGGGGCACAACUAUUCAAGAGCUGCUAGAAAACUGCACAGCUCGACUUAAGCUGCGAAGUGCAGCUAAGAUCCUCUUCAGCCCUGACGGAGAGCAGAUCACCUCGUGGGAAAGAAUAGAGCGAGACAUGUUGGUGUGUGUCUCUCUGGGUGAGCCUUUCAUGACUAGCACAGUCCAAGUUUCUUUAGAUGCCAUGAAGUCCAAUCGUGUCCUCUACUACGUGUGCCUUUCAGCAGUUCAGGUGGAUGUGAAGGCAUUAGAGAACAUGCAGAAACGAUUCAUGAGUAUGGUUUCAGAGGUGAAGAACUUCAGUUGCAUGGAUAGUUUUAGCCUUAUUGUCGACUACUGCGAUGAAAAUAUCACGUCAAGUAGGCUCAUCAGCUGUUGGCUGGCACUUUCGUUGCCUACACAUCUGAUGUUGAGGCUCCCAAUUCUUUCCUGGCCCUUCUCCCAGCCAGAGAUAUUAAUGAAUGAACUGGACAGCAACGGACCAAUAUCGAAGUGCCACAGCAAUGGAAUCGGAGGCUCCAGAGACAAGCUGAAUAAUGAGUCAUUUGCCAAUGAAAUUGCUACACAACUAUAUCUGCUACUCUUCUCUUUGAUUGAUUGA